AUGUGGAAGAGCAGAACCCAGCUGGACCAGAAUUACGGCUCGGUGGCGACCAUCAGCAAAAUCAAUGACCUUCAUCAAGAAUCAUGGGGAGAACAACCGUGCAUUGAAGCUCUGAGCAGCUUUUCAGAUUUAGAGGAGCAAGAGGAUGAAAUCAGUGGCAGAUAUAUGUCUGCGGUUGUUUUUGCUAUCGCCUGCUUCACGAUAACGGGUAUUGUUUUCGCACUGUUCCUCGCAUUCAACAUGACCGUGACAUCUUCAUUCGCUCAUUAA